AUGUCUCAAUUUAAAAAACGACUCAUCACGAUCAUUGAAAAAUCAGGUGGUAUCGUGGAAGAUGAAUUAUUUGUGUUGAAACCAGGAGUGAUCAUCACUGAAGUUUCUAAAUCAACUCCCGAAGCUCUUGAUCUCUAUCAGGCCAUGCACUGCAAUCACGGAGAUGAUUAUUUACAAAGUGCUGAAUUCAAGGGACGUCUCACCUAUUUGAGCUUUAAAGAUCAACCCACAACAAGUGAAGAGAGUGCCAACUUUCAUCAUCGAAUGAUCAAUGAAGCCAAACAUUUGAGUAUCUAUGCAGGAACGACAGUAACCUUUUUAAUUGCUGGUUGUACAGUGGAGACUUGUCAAGAGUUAGUGGCACACAGAGAAGCCUCAGUAGCUCGAUUGACUUCAUCGGCAACAUUGGCCAUGAGUGAGUGUUUGUUUAGAGUGCAGGGAGAGUCCGCUCCUCGUCAGAAGGAAAUGAUUCGUGAGUUUUUACAGCUGCGAGAGAAGAAUAAGGAAUUUUGGGAUAAGAAGAACACCCAAACCGAAAUGCUGAGCACAGAAUUCUUUAACAUGCAAAAUUUGUCUUGCAAGUGCAAUGCAUUGACAUUUACAAUUAAUAUUAAGGAUUUACACAAGCUAUUGAUUGGAAGAAUGUGUUCAAAAGGAAACGAGACUGAAGUUCAAGAAGUGUGCUCCAAGAUGGCUGAACUAGCUCACAAACAAUUCCCAGAAAUUAUCAAGGAGCCAUCCUUCUAUAGAAAGAUGGACGAUAAUGGAGAAAAGUUGGCUGUCAAUUAG